CGGUCUUCCUCCUCUUCGGCUUGUUUUAAAGAUGGCGGCGCAGCUAGACGCCGCAGACAGCUCAGUGUUUUUCGCGCCGCUGUGUGGUUUUGCCGCCGUUAAUCCCGAGCAGAGAGCUUCGGUUUGACGUCAUGAGAAGCGGGUUACCGCGUGCGGUUACCGGAUGCCUCGUGUGAACCGGACAGCCGUGUUAUCGCUGCUGAUCGUCAGCAGCUCCGUGUUCCUGCUGUUCCAGCUCUAUUACUACCGGAAAUACGUCAGCAAGCCCGGCCCUCACAUCCUGAGCCGAACAGGUCACCUGAGCGCCAAUGACGUCCAAUGGCAGACGGUGAAGCUGUUUCUGGCGGUAGCGCAGCGCUUCGGCCUCCCGCUCUUCCUCAUUGACACUGCCGCGCUCACGCUGCUUUCCCAGGAUGCAUUGCGGCAGCGCGACAGGCUGGUGCGUGAGCCGCACUGCAGCUUCCUGUGCACCGGCCGACCAGUCACGUCCUUUGCUCUGCACGCCAACCUGUGGAAGUAUGACCCCGGCUUCCUAUUGGCUGCAGAACAAAAAGGCUUCGACCUGCUGGAGCUGCGAGGAGAGGACCCGCGACUGGCCAGUCUGGACACCCUAUCGGGAGAGGCAAUCCCAUUGCACUUCCUGUUCCGCCUCCAUGGUUACAUUAUCCAGGUAGUGUUCUUGUAUGAGCGCAGCGGGAACUACCUGUGGCACGGAGCGUUACGCCUUAAAGCCGACAUGGACCGAAGCUUUGCUCCCUUCAAACUGCUCGACUACGGACGCCACGCUGGAGCUUACGACAGGCCCGAACUUGUCCUGACGGUGCUGGAUGGCCUCGAUGUUCGAAUCCCGCACAACGUUUCCCGCUUUCUGUCUGAGCAGCGACACGCCCACUUCCUGGAGUGCCGUUACCGUGACGCACGCAACUUCCUGCAGCUCUACCCUGAUGACUCGUCUCCGGAGGCGGUGGAUUUUAGGAGAAAAGUGAAGUCGUUGCUUCAUUUGGCCGCUCGAACACUCGCUCACCUCGACAUCCCCUUCUGGCUCAGCAGUGGCACCUGUCUGGGCUGGUUCAGGCAGUGCAGUAUUAUCUCAUACAGUCGUGACGUUGAUAUCGGGAUUUUCAUCGCAGACUUCAGGUGGGACAUCGUGGCAGCGUUCAGGGACGCCGGUCUGCCACUCAAACACAAGUUUGGAAAGGUGGAGGACAGUCUGGAACUUUCCUUCCUGAGUGACGACGUCAAACUGGACAUUUUCUUUUUCUACGAAGACGGAGACAUUGUGUGGAAUGGAGGAACGCAGGCGAAGAGUGGCAGGAAGUUCAAGUACGAGUUCCCGCGGUUCUCGCUCUGCUGGGCGGAGCUUCUGGAGCUGAAGGUUCGAGUCCCGUGUGAAACACUCGACUACGUGACAGCGAACUACGGCGCCACCUGGAGCGUCCCAGUUAGGAGCUGGGACUGGAAGUCGUCGCCUAGUAACGUGCAGGAAAAUGGGAUGUGGCCUCCAGCGGAGUGGGCGGAGCUUAUUCAGGUUUACUGAGCAUAAACAGACUGAUGUCACCAUGGCAACAGACGGCCUCCAUUUGAGUCCAGUGGAGUCGAUACGUUAUUGAUCUAUGGAGUAGUUAUCGAUCUAUGGAGCAGUUAUUGAGCAGUUAUCGAUCUAUGGCUGGAGUAGUUAUCGAUCUAUGGAGCAGUUAUUGAUCUAUGGAGUAGUUAUCGAUCUAUGGAGCAGUUAUCGAUCUAUGGAUGGAGCAGUUAUCGAUCUAUGGAUGGAGUAGUUAUCGAUCUAUGGAGCAGUUAUUGAGCAGUUAUCGAUCUAUGGCUGGAGUAGUUAUCGAUCUAUGGAGCAGUUAUUGAUCUAUGGAGUAGUUAUCGAUCUAUGGAGCAGUUAUCGAUCUAUGGAUGGAGCAGUUAUCGAUCUAUGGAUGGAGUAGUUAUCGAUCUAUGGAGCAGUUAUUGAUCUAUGGAGCAGUUAUUGAUCUAUGGAGUAGUUAUCGAUCUAUGGAGCAGUUAUCGAUCUAUGGAUGGAGCAGUUAUCGAUCUAUGGAUGGAGUAGUUAUCGAUCUAUGGAGCAGUUAUUGAUCUAUGGAGCAGUUAUCGAUCUAUGGAUGGAGUAGUCAUCGAUCUAUGGAGCAGUUACUGUAGAACAACUAUUUGUAAAUGUGUGUAUCUCAAUGUGUGUGUGUAAUCAGAUUCAUAAUGUGUAAAUGCAGACCUACAUAUUAAUGUCUGAGCAGUGUAUUUGCUCCAAGAGUUGGAAACGAUGAUCAGUUCAGGUCCCAUGGAGGCCAGGCUGACGAGGUUUUCUUGCCGGUUUUGGUUCCUGGCACGCCGCAGCUAACCCUGCCAUGACCCUGCUCAGGCCUUCAGAGGCACGCAGACGCCUGACCUCCAUCUCUCCUACCCCCCCCGACAGAUCUAUGUACAUAUAUGUAUAAAUCUGAUCACAGACGAGUUAGUUACUCAAACUCUCUGCUCACAUUUGUGAAUAUUGUAACAAUAACGGCUCCAUGUAUUGCCUGUUGUCAAUGUUAUUGAUCUCUGAUCACAGUCAAUCAGUUCAAAUGUGAAUAAAUAUCAAAGCUCACGCAACUGAAUGGAAAUAAACAACUAAAAUGUGUUUAUUGAAUCUCCCUGAGUAUUAAUUAUUACCGUAAAACUUCAGAACAAAACAGCCCAGGCCUUUAUUGGGGACAGGCCUUUAAUUCCUUCAGCACAGAUGGAAGUUCUCUGCUGCUUCUCUUCAGUUUGUUCAGUAAAUUUGACGACUAUCAGGUAACUUACGGUAAAUUUCAGGUCGUUCUUUUUCCUCUGACACUGAACGUGAACAGUAAACAGACAGCAAACAGACUGAUAUUGGGGACCCUGCUUUUACUGGAAGUUUAACAGUAUUAUUGAUGCAGAUGAGACAUGAAGAAAGGUUUUUCUCAUAACUUUUAUUUGUUGUACUUGUUUGUUAUUUUACAUUAAUAGAGAAUUAAUACUUAUGUAAAUAAAUGUUUGAAUGAUUUUAUAAAAACUCCAGUUUGUCUUCAAACAUAUUUCUCAUUUUGUCCUGAAAUCAAACCUCACAACGUUUGUGUUUCACAGAAAAAUAAUUAUUCUAAUAAAAUGUUUUUAUUUAA